AUGUCAAAUUAUUUUGAUCGCAAAUCUUCCAAGUGGAAUAUCAUAGAUUUUAUAAAUGAAACCGACAUAAAAUCAUUCGAUGCAGCGAUAGAUUUUUACAUCAAAACACUUGAAAAAACCAGCAACAAUGAGCAAGGCGCUCAGCAAAAAAGAGCACUAGAGCUUUUAGAUAGAUAUAGAAAGGCAAGGAGCUUAUUAGGUUUCUUGUGCUCAAGGCUACUAGCUGACCCAGGUGGUGAUCGCAAACUUGCUAAAGAUCGUUGGGAAAUGAAACUUAGAUCAGGUAGUGGAUCUACAUUUAAUGUUUACAGCAGUACAUUUUCAGGAAGUGCACAAAUUGGAAUCAAUGAAGGUAAAAUUAAUAUUGAAAAGGAGAAUCAUGAGAAGGAAGGAGGAUUUUUGACUAAGAGAAUGCUUCGAAAAAGAAAAUUUGUGAAUUAUAAUGAAAGCCCAUCAGAGAUGGAUUCCUCUGAUUCGGAAUAUCAAGAGAAAUUAAAAGAGCCAAAAGGAAAGUCCACAAUGUCUGAAAAUGAUAUUGAUGAUUAUGAUAAUGACAAGAUUACAGAUGAACAAAAGGCCUAUUUUAAUUCCGUCUACCGUAGUCUAAAUACAACAAAAAUGUGGACUCUCAAAUCUUCUGGUCGUAUCGUCGAGAAAGUGAUAUAUGAAUACGCACGAACCUUGACGUAUGAAUCUUAUCUACAUUCAUUCAUAAUCAAUGAUGUUGAUGCAGCCACCAUAUCACUGUUUUCCGAAGAGGAAUGGAAAGAAAUUACCACCUCAGAAAUUAAAGAUAAGCCAAAACUUGAACACUUUCAUGUGGAAUUGCUGAAAAAGUACACAGUUGACAAUGUCAAGGAAUUGCGAAAAGCUCUUUUUGAACCGUUUGUAUCAGGUGAAGAUGAAUAUAAUAAAAAUAUCCAUUUUGACCUUGAUUUUAUUAAUUACGCUUAUAGGGGAAUGUUAUUUUUGUGGGAAAAGGAAGAAGAUCCCUUUGACCCUCUGAAAUUAGAGGGUUGGUAUGAAAUGGAUGUUUGGAGUCGCUUAAUCGACCCUGCUUUUAGUAACCUGAACAUUGAUUUAGUGCGUGGAGAAGGAAUGAGUCUUGCAUCGAGCAACCGGAAGAAUCAUGGAAGAUCAAUAGCUGAUCGAAAAAUAAUUGGUCGAAAGGGUGAUGGUGUUUUUAGACUGUGUAAGAAACGCCUAGAAUUUGGUGCGAUAGAGACAGGGCGUAAGUGGGAAGGGCAGUGUGGUACUAAGUAUUUAGCUGAUUCAUUAAAAUUAUGCAAAAUGUUGAAAGACAUGUUAGUACAACUUUCUACCGAAUGUGACUGGUUAGAAGACUUUGUGAGAAAAUUGCAAGUGGUUGGAGUUCUCCAAGGAGCUAACAGGGUUCAAGUUAUUACAAUGGACUAUCCAAAGGGAUAUGUUUUCCGUGUUCAACGUAGAAAGGUCCAUGAAGUUUCUGGACGUUUAACUAAAUCUGUCCCACUUGCUUUAGUUUUGAAGGAAAUAUUAUGUGCAAAAUCUAUCAUCAUACAAACAUUGGACAUAAUAAAUAGGAAGAAUGAUGUUAAUGUUGAGAAUUUUCUUGACGAUUCUUACGAAGAUGAGUAUCGCACACUUUCAACUAUUGAAGCACCUCCAACCUUCACGACUCCGAAUACAUUGCGUACUAAAGAUAUGAUUAAUAAAGGAUUAUUGUAUCAUAUUGAUUAA